CCCGGGCCCAAGAGCCGCUGCCUUAGCCAGGCCCACUGGCAUUUGCCCCGGCUCUGCGUGUCCCGCCGCAGCAUGGCCACCACCAAGCGCUUUCCCACGCUCGUGCAGCUGGAGCAGCGGGGAGGGGCGCCGUUCCAGGUGCUGGGCGACAACACCAAGCAGCCCUACUGGUUCCACACGGAGUAUCUCAAGAGCCCGAAGACGGUUCACCUCGAGGCGUGGCUGGUGGAAGCGAUCUUCGGCCCCGGCGGAGAGCACAUUCCGCACGUCGAGUGUGUGUCGCAGACCCUGCUUCGCAUUAACCAGUGGGAUCCCGAAGGCGAGGCCGAGAUCCUGAUCUUUGGCCGGCCUUCUUACCAAAAGGAUGUGUCCAAGAUGAUCAUGAACUUGGCUCACUACCACCGCCAACUCCGGGCACAAGGUUCGCUGAAGAACGCUGCCCAGCAGGCCGAGCUGCCGAGCUUCUCCGCUGCAGUCCGGGUGGCUAUGCUCCAGGCCUCCCCCGACAAAGUCCGAGUGGUCAAGAGCCAGAGAUCCCCCGACAAAGUUCGGGAGGCCGCGACCCAGCGGUCCCCCGACGCUGUUCAAGAGAAGGCGACCCAGCGGUCCCCUGACGCUGUCCGGGAGAUGGGGACCCAGCGGUCCCCCGAUGCUGUCCAAGAGAAGACGACCCAGCGGUCCCCCGAUGCUGUCCAAGAGAAAACGACCCAGCGGUCCCCUGACGCUGUUCAAGAAAAGGGGACCCAGCGGUCCCCCGACGCUGUCCAAGAGAAGGCAACCCAGCGGUCCCCCGAUGCUGUCCAAGAGAAGGGGACCCAGCGGUCCCCCGACGCUGUCCAGGAGAAGGCGACCCAGCGGUCCCCCGACGCUGUCCGGGAGAAGGGGACCCAGCGGUCCCCCGACGCUGUCCGGGAGAAGGGGACCCAGCGGUCCCCCGACGCUGUUCAAGAGAAGGGGACCCAGCGGUCCCCCGACGCUGUUCAAGAGAAGGGGACCCAGCGGUCCCCCGACGCUGUUCAAGAGAAGGGGACCCAGCGGUCCCCCGACGCUGUUCAAGAGAAGGGGACCCAGCGGUCCCCCAACGCUAUCUGGGAGGUGGCGACCCAGCUGUUCCCCAACACAGUCUAGGAGGCGGCGACCCAGAGCUCCCCCAACACUACCCAGAGCCCGGUUCCCAGGUUAUGAAGGCAUUUCGGGGCCCCGGAGCGCGAGCCAGGCAAGGUUCAAGUGAAAACCCCUCUCUGGAACCCUAUUCUAGGUCCAGCUUCUGCAGCAGAAGCUGGGGAAAGGAAAGGGUGGUGUGGGUUGUUCUUGGUUUCCCCUCCCCACCCCCAUGUUAAAUGUUUGCAAGCACAAAUCUAAAAUUGUAACAAAAGAAUCAAAUUUCCUUAAUAAAGAAUUGA